AUGGAUUCACAACCCAAAACACGCUUUUUCAUCAUCUCCGAUACCCACGGAGAUGACCUCACCCACUACCCAAUCGAGCCCGUCGACGUAGUAAUCCACUGCGGCGACCUAACCGAAGAAUCAAAACUAUCAGAAUACAAGCAAGCAAUCAAACUCCUCAACACCAUCAACGCACCCCUCAAACUCGUAAUAGCCGGAAACCACGAUUUCACCCUCGACGACACGUUAUACCGUAAAAAACUUGCCGAAUCGUAUUUACCGUUACCACAAGGAGAUUGUUCUGUAAAAAGCAUCUAUGGCGAUUUUGGAGAAGCUAGAGCUUUGUUUGAUGCAGAAAGAUUUAACAAUUCGGGGAUUGUGUUUUUGGAGGAGGGAGUUCAUGAUAUUGAGCUGGCUAAUGGUGUGGUUUUAAGGGUAUACGCUAGCCCUUUUGUACCCUCGGAGGAAAAUCACUAUGGAUACCAUUAUGAUCCACUGCCCGGCCAUACUUGGGAUAUCCCUUCUGAUGUGGAUAUAGUGACAACGCAUUCACCACCCAAAGGAGUUUUGGAUUUCAGCACAAUGACGAGGAAUCGAGCGGGCUGCGAGAUGUUGUUUUCUGCGGUUGCGAAGGCGAGGCCGUUGAUGCAUUGCUUUGGGCAUAUCCAUGAGGCUUGGGGAGCAAAGAAAGUCGCUUGGAAAGAUUUGAAUGGUGCCUACAUGUCUCAUAUGACAGCCAUCGAUGGGGAAAAGUCUGAGGUGCUACAGAGUUUGGCCAAGUUGAGAGGUGAAGGAGCUGAAGCAAAAGAAGAUGAGCAUGUUCGGCAAAGGUUGAAAGAAAUGGAAGAUAGAGGGUACUGCUAUGCUGCUCCUGAGUUGGAGAAGGAUAGGCAGACACUNUUUGUCAACGCCUCCAUCGAGGGACCGGACCUGUUGACGCAACAGCUGCCUUGGUUGAUAGAGCUCGACAUUCCCAAGCGCCAGAUAUGA